AUGGAGACGGCUCUAGGAGAAUUGCGCGGCCUUCGCGAACGGUUCAACUAUGUGGCGGUGCAGGACAAGAGCAAGACAUUUAACACGAACCUGCUGUUUACGCUGGAAUUAGGCUUUAUGCUGGACUGCGCGGAGGCGGUUGCGCUUUCUGCGAUCGAGCGUAAGGAGAGCAGGGGAGCGCAUACGCGAACCGACGCACCUAACAGGGACGACGAGAACUGGCUGCGCCAUAUACUGGUGAGGCACUCUGAUGACGGGCCUGAGAUAGAGUACAUGCCCGUGGUGAUUACCGAUUGGGAGCCGCAGGUUCGCAGCUACUAG